CACACACAGUCUGUGUCCGGCGCCCAACACGCAUCAUGGAGACACAGUAUCGCUGAGGCUCAGGCUCAAAUACGGUCGAGCAGGACACACCGAGCAGCAAGAUGGAUUACAAAUAUGACAGUGGAAUAGAACUGCUGCUGGCUCACAUGAACUUAGAGGAUAUCAUCAACGCUACAGAGACUCUCUAUCAGCUUGAGGAAGAAGAGGAGGAAGACGCGGGCUUGCUGUUUGAAGAAGAAGGUCUCUCCCAGGAGGAGAUGGAUGAGAACGAGGAGGCAGGGGAGCUGGGUGUCUUGGGGGGUGAGGCGAAGGAGUACGGGAAUGGAGUUCGUAGUGUUCAGUAUGGGACGGUCACAGAUCUGCUGUCCUUUGUCAACCUCCUGUCCAACAUGCAGGCAGCGGCCCUGCAGCACCUGCCGAAGGAGAUGGGAGUCAUCCUUAAUAAGAAGGACAUGGCUGUGAAGAAAGGCCGCUACCAGAUCAACAUGGACGUGCUCCUGUUUCCUUGGAAAUUGACGUACAAGAAUUACGGUUCCAGCCUCGUGCCCAAAGGCUCAUUUGGGAAAGUCCACUUGGCUCAGGACACCACCACCAGGAAAAGAAUGGCCUGCAAACUGAUCCCCAUGGAGAACUUUAAAGCCGCUGAUGUGGAGUUCCAGGCCCGUUUGCGCCAUGAGAACAUCGCUGAGCUGUACGGCGCUCUGCUCUGGGACCAGAGCGUCCACCUGUUCAUGGAGGCUGGUGAGGGUGGCUCAGUCCUAGAGAAGGUGGACAGCUGCGGACCUAUGAGGGAGUUUGAGAUCAUCUGGGUGACCAAGCAAGUUCUGCGGGGCCUGGAGUACCUGCACUCACACAACGUCAUCCACCAUGACAUCAAACCCAGUAACAUAGUCCUGAUGUCAGACAAGGCAGUCCUGGUGGACUUCGGCCUGGCGGUACAGAUGACGGAAGAUAUAUACAUUCCUAGAGACCUGAGAGGAACAGAGAUGUAUAUGAGUCCAGAGCUGGUUCUGUGUCGAGGACAUGACACCAAGACAGACAUCUACAGCCUGGGCACCACCAUUAUUCACAUGCAGACUGGUAGUCCUCCCUGGGUCAGGAGAUACCCACGCACUGCCUACCCAUCCUACCUCUACAUUAUCCACAAGCAGGCCCCCCCUCUGGAGGACAUAGCAGAGGACUGCAGCCUGGCUAUGCGAUCCUUCCUGGAGCGAGCCCUGGAGAAAAACCCCGCUCUGCGGAGCUCGGCGUCCGAUCUGCUGAAGGACGAGGCCAUCAACCCACCCAGGGAGGAUCAGCCACGCUGCUGGAGCCUUGACUCAGCUCUAGAGGAGGCCACCCACACCAUGCUACGACAGCAGAGCCAGCACCACGACACCACACAGGAAUCCUCUCUUUACUCUGAAGACUCAGGCCACAUGAGGAGAAAGGGCUCCUUGUACAUUGACUUAGGGGCCUUGUCAGGUUACUGUAAACUGGUGACAGGCCCCCCCACCUCAGAAUAUGGCUAACGCCUAACUGGUUGAAAUCAACUGCACAUUUAUGUUUCAAUAAACGGACAUGGUUCACUGAUACAGUGAAAGAGUCUGAGUGACUUGGACUGGAUGGACUCAGCUCUGCCUGAAAUGGACAACACUGCAGGACAGUGGUUGGAUGAGACGCAUUGUGUCUAAAUAAGCAUUAUCUAUUAAAUAUCUAAUUUCCCUCACUUUUGUGUGAGAUGUUUAAACUUUAUUUUUUUAAUGUGGUAAUUAUCCCAGUAAAAAAAAAAACAAUUAAUGCUAUUUUCUUUUCUUAUGAAACUUUACGAUGUCAUUUUAUCAUUUAAAAAGUAUGUGUGCACUACGCAAACAUGUAUGUACUAUAUAGUUCCUAAUGAACUCCUCUUUGUAAUUCCUGUGGAAUAUUAAUAGCCAUGUUGUGCUCAGCAAACAAAGCUUCUGUGGAAUGCAUGUGAUAUCUGUUGUGUGUUCUGUACAUCCAGUGAGAUGAGGUCUGCUUUUUACUGAAAAAAAACUAUUAACUUCUCUUUUCCUUGGUAUUAAGCAAAGAAAUUAUCGAGAGUUUGAAAUGUGUUCGUCAGUCAAUAAAUGUAAUAAAAUCAAAAGCCCA